AUGGAACCUGAUUCUUCACUUUUCACAAAGGAGAAUCAUCAGCUUGAUGGUGAUGUCUCAGUUGAUAAAGGAAAAAGGGUAGCAUCAGAGUGUGAUGAAUUAGACAGUGAAUACCAACCUGAUUGUGAAUCUAGUGAGUAUGAUAUGCUGGUUGACAGUGAUUAUGAAAGUGAGUAUGAUGACAUGUUGUAUUAUAGGUAUGUUGAUAGUGAGGCUGAAUGGACUAGUUUGAAUAGUAAUAGGUAG